AUGGAUAUUUUCACGGUAACCACUUGCUAUCCCGCUCAUUUCUUUAAACAUCUAAUUCCACCUGCGUUCUUACCUGAAAACGAUAUAGCGCACUAUUCACAGAAAAUCAUCAUCAGAUACACAACUGUUAUAAUAAGUUUAAUAUCGAUGCUUCUUUUAUGCAUUCCGACGUAUAUUUAUCUAAAUUUUGCUUCAGAGUCUAAAAUGAAGACCAGUCUUGCCACUGUCGCAUACGCUGUUUUAGAAUACGUUCCAUUGCUCUUAACGCCAAUACAAGGCUAUCUUUUUGGAGCUAUCGCAUUAACAACCAUCGCAGACGAGUCUUUUUCUAAGGCAGAGCCUCUUGCUUGGAUCUUCAAUGGCAUAGUAUUCGUUUUCUACAUCUUUGGUACCGUAAUUUGGCGUUCAACCACUUGUUAUCAACUUCCCAUCAAAAAAGGAUACUUUGGAACGUUCACUCAACCGUAUGAUUUCAUCGAUGUCAUCAUUACUUUCUUGAUAGCUGCUUGCCAUCCAUUUUUAUCCACUCAAUUUGGAAAAUACGCGAUUGUAGUUUUGGUUAUGAUGUUCUUUUACGGCUGCUACAAGCUCUACUACUCAGGAGCCCAGACAUAUACAUCGAAUUUCGGAGAAAUUCUUCAUAUUAAGCUGAAAAUCGACUAUAUUCUUUACGGAAUUUUCUCGAUUGUCUCUUUAUUCUUCGGAAGGGGAUCAUUCGUUCUUAUACCAGUUGGAUUCCUUCUUUACUUCCUUUCAUUAUGUUUCUCCGUCGCAUUUAUUAACUUUUACCACACGAACGGCAGAGAUGGCUCCGCAUCGGUAUUUGAUAUCAAGAAUACUCCUACAGAUGCAUCUGCAGUUGCCAAAGUAAGGUACGCUUGCAUUCACGCUUGUCCAGAAAUCGCAGAUAUCUCUUACCUCAACGAUAUAGCUCAAACCCGAUCAUCGAUGCAAUUACUAGUCGAUAUUACGCGUAUAUGUCUUGUCAAAGGCAUAAAUUUGGACGAAAUCCAAAUCAAGGCUCCAAUAAUUACUCCAAACGCCAGAUCUUCCUUAUAUUUCCUUGCCUACCAAGUGAGUAUCUUCCAGCAUACCUUCGAAGAUGACUCAGAACCAUCAGUUCAAGCUUUGGCAGAUCAUCUUAGAAAAUCCACUGAAAAAGUAUCAGAUGCGAUGAAGAAAUUCUGGAUAGACCUUGAUGAUGACCACAGAACUAUCAAAGACAUGUGGGAUCUCAUCGGAGAAACGAAUUCCGAAAUUUCAAUUGCAUUAUUACGUUAUCCGAAGUCUAAACAGAUCAAAAUGAUAGGAGAAGACUAUUACAACAACACCCUUAAAGAUCCUGUCAAAUCCCAACGCACUCCCAUGACUACAUUGACAUUAUUAAGAGAACCAGCAGGAACAAUUUUUAGUUUUCUUAAUCCUGACAGUAAAUUGGUGGAAAAUGUUGAUGAAGAUUCACCUGUUGACAAGUAUUUGAAUGGGAAAUUAUAUAGGGCAUUGAAACCAUUAUUAAUUGCCACUCUUUCUAUCUUUAUUUUGUCAUUUAUAAUUGUUUUGAUGUUUGCUGGUGUUUCCAACAAUUAUUUCGAAAGAGUUUGUACUGAUACAGGUACUGCUUUUGAUUUAAUUAAUACUACUAAUACAUUAACUGCUAAUUUCUUGAAUGCUGCUGAUUCUUUAUUUACUCAGCCGUCUGUUGCUCGUAUCAUUGAAGUUUUAGCUUUUUCUGAAAGUGAUGCUGGAGAUUUAAGGUCGAAAUUCCCAAGACCAAAUUCCAUUCCAUCACUUACUAAAUGGUUGAAGAAUUUAGAACAUAAUUCAUUGCAUUUCAACAUAGAAAUUCCUAAUUGCCGCAAAGUUUCUUUCAUUUUGUCAAUGCAUGAAGCAGAUAUAAGGGAAUCAGAUCAAGACACGAAAUUAUGUCAUACAGUGACAAUGAAUGAAAACAUUCAUCGUGUAUUUCCUUAUUUAGAUACAAUUGGUUUGAAAAGAUAUGAAGAUUUCAAAUCAAAUGAAAAAAUGACAUUUAUUGUUAUGAUUUCUAUUAUUUUAUUCUUUAUGAUUGUUUGGGCAAUUGUCAUGUUUAAUUUUUGGAGAUAUAAGAAUGUUGUUUUAGAAGCUGUUAGAAGAGCAACAAUAUUUAAUGAGCAUAGAUGCGAAUACGCAGAUUCUAUGCCUGUAAGAGUUGCUUUUCCUUUAACUUAUGUUUUAAGUGUUUCUUUCAUUUUGUUGUAUGUUACGAGAUGUUAUUUCGUUUAUUUAGAAAUGUCUGAAAAGACAUUAUCUGCAAAAGUUCAACAGGUUGUUUUGAUGGGAAGAAUUGGAUAUUUGUAUCAAGAAGCUUUGGCUUUGUUGAUGUUUUAUUCUUCGAAAGAAACAACAGAUGAUUACGCAAAAUCUAUUUAUAUGGAUAUUAUUCAUCAAUCAUCGAAAAACAUGUCAUUUUUCACUGAAAAAGUUGUUGAACUCGCUCAUGAAUAUGGACAAGUUCCUGUCUUCGAUGACAAUGAUGAAAAAGACUGGUUGUUUGCGAAGAUAAGAGAAUUCGCACAAGUAAUUAUUUCUAAUAUAACAGAGCCUGAUUCUUAUCCAUUUUUAUACGCAAGACAUUUAGCAAUGCAUGAAUUAAGUGUAAUACAAAAACAAGUUAUUCCGAAAAUGAUUUCUAAUUUAUGGACAGAAAUUGAAUGCGCACCAUCGAAGUUUUGGUGGUCUACUGUUGUUUGUAUUGUUUUACUUUCAUUGGCAAUGGUGUUGAUGUUGAGAUUUAUUAGCUGGAACAAAGGUUGGAUGAGAGCUGCGAAUAUUUUGAUAAGAUGUACUGCUUUCGAUGAUAAUGAUCGAUUAAAGAAUGUUAUUGAUAUUUUGGAAAAUAGAGAACCGAAUUAUGUCGAUGAUUUUCCAUUCCCGACUGUUGUUAGAAGAAAUAAUGGUGCUAUUGUCGCUUGUAACUCAAAGAUUUUGUCAUUUACGCCGCAUUCGAGAGCUCAAAUCAUUGGAAAUAAUCUUGAAAACUUCUUCGGAGAAAUUGGAAAUAAAAUUACUGUUACUAACAAAGAAGGUAAGAAAGUUACAAUGGAUGUGCAGAAAUUCAAGUGUGGGAAGAACCAUGAAAUUGUUAUUUUCAAGGAUAUUACAGAUUUAGUUGAAGCAGAAGCGAAAUACUCGAAAUUACUCGAAAGACUCACAUUGAAUGGAAUUGAUAUUCCUCAUCGUGGAGUUUUCUAUGUUUUGAGACAUAGAUUCCAGAAACAGAUACAGGAAAAUGAUUUCAAGACAAUAUCCCAGCUGGAACAAGAAUAUGGAAUAAUAAGAAUAUCUAUAACUAUAACAAGUUACAUUGCAAUCGCAAGACAAGAAAGUGAUAUCAAGAAAUUAAUUGAAUUUUCUGAAAAAGUGUCAGAUAUCGUUCAAGAUCCGAAGUCUGUUAUUUCUGUUAUUGUUAAAGGUGUUGUUUCGAUUGUUCCUUUAGUAGGAAAGGCUAUUCCUGUCCUCUGUGGCCCAACAGCUGAAAAAGCUCUUGAUACAAUUGUUAAUGGUGAAUUUGGAAUUUUACACGUCCAAGAAGAUACACUAGCAGAUAAUGAAGAUGCAAAGAAUUCUGUCAGUGUUAUGCAGUUGAAAUUAAUUUGA